CUGCAUCCUGGGUUCAAAGUUGAAGUUGAAUACGGUACACGCGUGAUAGUUAACAGAGACUUCUUGUAGUUGUUGCCCAGGUCUAAUCAUUAUGCCAGAAAACGUGCAUUUACUCGUCUGUUUACUGUUUUCUGUUGUGAGGAGAACAUGUCUGUGAACACGUUCCAUCACGAGCUGAUCGUGCUCAUUUUUCGCUAUUUAAAGGAGAAUGGCUUCCACUCGGCUGCAGAGGAGCUCCUGAGACACAGCCCACAGGAAUUUGUGGUGGGUGCGACAGGUAUAUCUUCAUCAUUAGUGGAAAUCUACAGUUCCUGGUUAAAGCACUCAAAGAACAAGUACUCAAGUUCUAAUGGAGGAGGAUCAAUUCAAAUUAAAGCUGCUUCCAAAAAGGACACAUCUGCAAAGAAAACACAAAAACGAAAGUUGGUAAUACCAAAAGACGAGAAAAAUGAUGGCAACUUGCCCCAAACCAUCACACCGGCAAAGUUGAAGAAGCAACAAAAUCCUGUGGCUGCUGGUGAAAGUGAUUCUGACUCUGACAGCAGUUUGGAUGUUGACAAAUGGAAGAAAAUGUUGGUACAAAUGACAGAGGUUGACGUAGCGAAGAUGGAUAGCAUCAAUGCCCUGGACUCAGCUACACCCAAACCUGUGAAAAAGAAGCCCAGGAAAAGUCAAGCAAAGCCUAAAGCUGAUGUGCCUUUUAAAAAGCCCACUGCAAAAAAGAGCGACUUAUUGGCGAAAGCAGUGGCGGAGAAACAAGCAAAGUCAAGUACCCCCAAAAAGACUACUCGAAGAACCGGCUCUGCACCUGAGACGCCCUUGGCCACUUUGAAUGGCACGCAACAUUUGAUGUCAUCCGAUGAAGGGAGAACAUCAGUAUCCAAAGAGACACAAAAGAAGGAAAAGAAAAAAGUCAGAACUCCCACUGUGGAAAAGGCUAAAGCUCUAAAGCUCCAACACAAGAAGAAGAAAAAGGAGAGUUCUGAAAGCCAAGUGGGAGAGACUACACGGGAAAACGCCAGCGAGGCAAAAGAUAUGAAACCGGAAUGUAUGGGAACACCUGUGGAAUAUAUAGCAAACUGCAGUACUCAAUCCCAAGAUGAGCGGAUAGCGCCGGUCAACACAACUGGGAGUGCUGAAGAAGUAAAAAGAAAAGAAAAGAAAGCCACGAAAAGGGAGAAGGGGGCUGCUGAUAUUUCCGAGACCCUUGGAAAAGACAAGAAAUCCAAGAAGAGAGACAGUAAUAAAGAGAGAAUUUCUGAGAUUGUUGACAGUGUGAAGGGUGACAAGCAUGUGUCUCAACAGGAAAAUCCAGACCAGAUGGAUGACGGCGAGGAAGCGAGGGAGAACGCGGAGACGGCACUUUGCAUGGACACUCCCAGUGCAGAUGUGAAAAAAAAGAAAGCAAAGGAGAAAAAGAGAGAGAGUCUUCCUGUGGAGGGAACUCCUCAGCUAGUCAAUACCGGAACAAAAAGGAAGCGGAAAAAAGACAAAGCAAAUCCUGAUGAUCAGCAAAUAGUUGAAGAUGAAAACACGAGUGUUAAUGUAGAGGAGAUAACCGAGCCAAAUACAGAAGUUAAGAAGAACAAGAAAAGAAAACUUUGCUCAAUUGACCCAGUGACGCUGUUCGCCCUGGAGACGCCAAGUCCUCCAUCACAGACAAAAAAAAAAGAAAAGCAAAGUGGAUUCAGAUGAAUUCUCAGCAACACCAACAACCGCAUCAACAGCCAUGUGACAAGCACAAGGAGGUAUGGUAUGAUAAUACCAUCCAUCCAACCGUGGACUGAUAAAAUACCAUUUUAUUUCUUUUGUAUAAGAAGAAUUGU